AAUAAUGGUGAUGUUGGCGAUUAUUGGUGUCAGCUAUAUGCAGAAUCAUUUUUUAGUUAGAAGCAAAUAGUUUACUUGCAAAUCUUAGUGUAAAAUAUCAUACAGGCAAAAAUAGUUUAUAUAGUGAAGAAAUGUGAAGAGAGUUCUGAAAGCAGAGUAUGUGUUGAGAAAUACGUAGAGAAACCAUAUAUUUGAAGCAGACCGCUCUGAUGUUACUUCAUACAGCCCUUGCUUUGUGUGAUUGGUCCGCACUGCAGCAGAAACGUCGCAACCUUGCCCGCAAGCACUGCUCGCCGAGUGACGCCUCCAGCUACUAUCAGAAGAUGAGCGACGUCGGUGUCAUGGAGAUGCACCGGUUCAUGGACCAGCUGGACGAGGAGGUGAUUCCGGGGCAGGACUUCAAGGUGAAACCAUUGAUCAUGCAGGCUUGCGCGAACAUGUUCAGCGAGUACAUGUGCUCGGUUCGGUUCGAGUACAGUGACGAAGGCUUCCGGCAGAUGGUGCGUAACUUCGACGAAAUAUUCUGGGAAAUCAAUCAAGGCUACGCCGUCGACUUCAUGCCCUGGUUGGCUCCCUUCUAUCACAAACACAUGAACAAACUCAGCCGCUGGUCGGUCGAUAUCCGGGACUUUAUUCUGGAGCGAAUCAUCAACGAACGGGAGCAGAACUUUGGAGAAGACGAACCGGAACGGGAUUUUACCGAUGCUCUGCUGAAAAGUCUCCGAGAAGAUCCGGCCGUAAGCCGUGACACCAUUAUGUACAUGUUGGAAGAUUUCAUCGGAGGUCACUCGGCUAUCGGUAAUCUGGUUAUGCUAGCGCUCGGAUACGUCGCCAAACAUCCGGAAAUCGGGACGAAAAUUCAACAGGAAAUUGAUCACGUGACGGAAAAGGGCCAACGAAACGUUACCCUGUACGACACCGAAAGUAUGCCCUUCACCGUCGCCACCAUCUUCGAAGUUCUGCGAUAUUCCUCAUCCCCUAUCGUACCACACGUCGCCACCGAGGACACCUGCAUCGCCGGUUACGGAGUAACCAAAAACACCAUCGUUUUCAUCAACAACUAUGACCUGAACACCAACGAAAAGUACUGGGACGAACCGAAACGCUUCAACCCGGAACGGUUCAUCGAAAGCGCCACCAUGGCUCAGAUCCGAUCGGAUCUAGUCGGAUCCCCGACCGCCAAACAGGAUCUGAACAGUAUCAUCAAAAACAACAACAUAAACGCCUCCAACGAGAACCAGAAACAGAUCCUGCGGGUGAAGAAAAACAUUCCUCACUUCCUACCGUUCAGCAUCGGCAAGCGAACCUGCAUCGGACAGAAUCUGGUCCGGGGUUUCAGUUUCAUCAUCCUAGCAAACAUCCUGCAAAAGUACGACGUCGGAACGAACGAUCCCACCCGGAUUAAAAUGAACCCGGCUUGCGUAGCCGUUCCGCCGGACACAUACCCGCUAGCUUUCACACAGCGCACGCACCUCUGAACGUAAUCGAGGGCAACCCUGUUGUAAAUAGUUUCCUAUCGGAAAAGUUUCCCUUCCUUUCCAACUAAAUUAUUCUAUCCCACGUGGCGCUCUCUAGUAUGUAGUAGUAGUAGUAAUAAUAACAGUAGAACUAGUAUUAUUAGCAUUUUUGUUUGCUCUGCAAACUGGAAACCCAUCUAGCAUGCCGAGAAUCCUUAUUAGUCGCGUAGGACCUACCCGUCGUAGCCAACUUGGAUACUUUCGACGACAUUUCUGUGUUUCCGAUUAAGGGGGUCGAAACUGUUUGGGACGUACCGCAGAAUAAAAAAAGAGUUUCGUUUUUAUAAAACAUAUAUAAAAUCCUAGAGUAGCAGUAGUAGUAGUAGCAAAGUUUACAGGCGCGUGAGACUAGAGCAAGAGAAAGAAGUGACAUUUUUGAGCACGAAUUUGUAUCUCUUUGCGGCAUAUAGGUAGGUAGUUAGUUAGGUAGAUAGAUAGGUAGGUUAUUAUUAUUCCUUCGCAAACAAAUCAGUAUGCCUGCAUUUACACAAUAGAAAAUCGUAUUAUAGCUACUUUUUGUUAAAAGGUUACAUUCCAGAUUAGGUAAAGAAGUUUAAUAUUUGAUAGCCGCCAGAGAAAAGAGGACUUUUUUAUAUAAGAGCUAAGACUGAAUUCGCACGCACUCUACCGAAAUGAUACUCGUUUUUUGCAGCUUGAUCCUCUACUUUUUUUUAAUUACCCCAUCCUCGGCUUCAUCCGAAUCAUAGUAUUAGGUCGCUGAAUUUAUCCCGCCUGGAGAGUGCGUGUCGGUUACGUUAUACGAAAUAAAAUUAUUUAACAAAAAGCAACAAAACACUAAAUUAACUCCGAGCAUGCUCGCUCGCAUGCUUGAGCGUGUGUGUGCGUAUAGGGAAUCUACUCAGUGAGAGAAGAAGAAGAAGGCAAACGAGAUUGCGUGUUGUAUUUUAUUUCUAGGGUAAAAGUUUGAAAUUAGAUUCUGAAUCUGAUUGUUCGGAAUAUAUGCCGAAUCGAUGGUGAAAUGGUCCAGAACGAAAUCUGUUUACAGUGUAGUGAAUUGGAACGAAAGUUUUUUUUUGCGAUAAUG